UGGAUGCGCCCACGAUUUAUAAACACCAAACAUGAUAAAAUAGGAAAGCAAUGAUCUUGAAAACUCUGCGAAAUAAAUGGAAACAAUACAGAUACCGUUUGGUACCAUGGAUUGCACUUAAUCUAAAAGACAGGAGGAUGAGAUCAGUCGCUCCCAAUGAAAACGAUCAAAUACUACCUGAUGUAGAAGUAGAGAAAUUCCUGGUGAACUUUUUUGAAAAUAUUGAAAAUGAGAGAUCUUCAUCUGUUAAGACCUCAGAGUUAUGGAAGUCACAUCAACUCACCAAAGAGGAACAGUAUAUACAUCACAAAAAUAACCUGAGAGUGAUGGAGAAUUGUGUUGGUUUUGUUAUAGAAAGAAAACCAAGCAUAAUACCUGGGGGUGGAACAGGUGUGUUAGUGACCAAAGGUCAAGUGCCCGAAGGAACAGUGGUGUCCAUGUACCCAGGAACAUUAUAUAGAGCUGGGGAACCAAUCUUAUUACAGAGCCUGGCUAACCCAUUCAUAUUUCGCUGUAUUGAUAGAGUCCUCAUCGAUGGAAAUGAUAAGAACAUUUCUAAAUACAUUUAUAAGUCGUGUGGUCAGAGAGACAGACAUGGACCCUACUUAACUUGUGACCUGACCUGGGUCACACAAAAUCCUGUCAAUCCAUUGGCUGUUGGACAAUAUGUAAACAACCAAUCAAAACAGUUCCCUGCUAAUGUAGCCUAUCAGGAGUUUGACAUCCCUAUGGAGUUUCCCUUCCACCUGAGGAAAUAUAUCCCCAACAUCAACUAUACCUCAUCAAUACAGGAUAGUCUGGGGCACCACAGGUUGACAAGAGUUGUCGUUCUUGUGUCGUUGAGGAAGAUUGAACAAGGGGAAGAACUCUUCUCAAGUUAUUUUACCGUUGUCCAUUGAUUUUGUUAUGACUGAUGUAAUAAAUCAUUUAUAGUUGCA